UUGUCUCGACUUGCUAGCCUUACUGAAAAUACACCCGAUACGCUGAACGAUGGCCUUGUGGGUGCCACUGCCGUUACAACCAAUCAAUCGGUGGUACCUGCUUCAAAUUCCCAAAAUCAACCGAUUACUUUGGCUGAUUUAUUGUCUGGUGAUCAGCGUGCUUUCAAUAAUUUGCAAGCGUUAGCUAAGCUGGGCUUAAAUAAUAACGAUUUUCACACAGACAUGACAAGCAAUCAGCUUUUAUCGAGUGGACCUUCACCAACUGGAAUUGAUUGUUUAUUAUCAGAUUACUGUCUACCAGCUGCACCAUCGCCAAGCUUGACAGCACUGCCACCAUUAAGUGGCGGUUCCGUUGAUGACAUGAACAUUUCCAAUUUUCACGCUCCGCCUCCUCCGCCGCCACACAGCACUACCAAUAUACUGACGGGUCGUAACAAAGCUACACCUAUGCAAAUACGCUGCAAAUUUGGUGCUUUGGGUACAUCUAGGGGACAUUUCAAUUCGCCGCACGGUUUCUGCUUGGGUGUCAACGAAGAGAUUAUCGUAGCCGAUACCAACAAUCAUCGCAUCGAGGUAUUCGAUAAGUGUGGCAAUUUGAGUUUUUACUUUGGAGUACCGGGUAAAGAGGAAGGCCAAUUAUGGUAUCCGCGCAAGGUAGCUGUCAUGCACACCAAUGGCAAAUUUGUGGUUUGCGAUCGCGGUAAUGAACGUUCUCGUAUGCAGAUUUUCUCCAAGAAUGGUCAUUUUAUGCGCAAAAUAGCCAUUAGAUAUAUUGAUAUUGUCGCUGGCUUAGCAGUUACAUCGAAGGGACACAUUGUCGCUGUGGACAGCGUUUCACCCACUGUAUUUGUUAUCUCUGAAGAUGGUGAGCUAGUGCGUUGGUUUGAUUGCAGCGACUAUAUGCGCGAACCAUCAGAUAUUGCAAUUAGAGAUAAUGAUUUCUACGUGUGCGACUUCAAGGGUCACUGUGUAGCAGUCUUCCAUGAGGACGGCACUUUCCAGUAUCGAAUUGGCAAUGAGAAAGUUACUUGCUUCCCUAACGGAAUUGACAUUUCAAAUGCUGGGGAUAUACUCAUCGGUGAUUCUCAUGGCAAUCGCUUCCAUGUUGCUUGUUAUUCACGUGACGGGGUUCUACAAUCUGAAUUUGAAUGUCCUCAUGUCAAGGUAUCACGUUGCUGUGGUUUAAAAAUCACUUCGGAGGGCUAUGUGGUCACUUUGGCCAAAAAUAAUCACCAUGUACUUGUGCUCAAUACGUUGUAUGUUCAGUGAUUUCAAGCAAAUAAGUCGUUGCUAACAAAUCAGAAAAGCGAUGCAUUAACAACAUAUUAUGGUAAAACCACGACACCAAUGUUAACAAUAAACAAAUAUCACCUACAACAACCGAAGCAGCAGCAGCAUCAUCAACACCAAUAAAGGAAAUAAAAAA